CUCAGAACCAUGUCAGGGUUUUUGGAAAGCAUCCGGUGCGGAGACUGCGAGUGCAAUGUGGACUGGGGAGAGAGGCGAAACACUAUUGCAUCUAUAGGUGCUGGAGUCCUGGUAGGUUCUACUCUACUAUAACAUUUGCCAACUUUAGAUCACUGAAAGUGAAAAAGGUGGCGGCAUAUUGCCUAAAUCUUAAUCCAUAUUCUUGCAGUUUUUCACUGGUUGGUGGAUAAUCAUUGAUGCAGCUGUUAAAUAUCCAGAUGAGGCGACCUUCCAUCACGCCUAUCACACUUGUGGAGUCAUCGCUACUGUGGCUUUUCUCAUGUAAGUCAUGCUGUGUUGUGAAUGUGUCUACCAGGGUUGGGGUCAGUCCCAUUUUAAUACAGGAAAUCAGUCUGUUCAAAUCUUCCUUUUGCCUUUGGUACCCAUCUAGGAUCAAUGCUGUCUCGAAUGGCCAGGUGAGAGGGGACAGCUACAGUGAAGGUUGCAUUGGGCAGACAGGUAUGUGUAUGAGAGAAUGGAAGUUAGGAUUUGCCCUUAAAUGCAGCUUGUAUUAUUUUGACCUCUGCAGUAAAAUUAUUGACCUAAUUCUGUGUUUUGGGGGACUUUUGUGGCCCAGUUUUUGACUUCUUACUGUAAGAAUACACACAGAGAGAUACAGUGGCUUGCGAAAGUAUUCACCCCCCCCUUGGCAUUUUUCCUAUUUUGUUGCGUUAUAACCUGGAAUUAAAAUGGAUUUUUUGAGGGCUUGUAUCAUUUGAUUUACACAACAUGCCUACCACUUUGAAGAUGCUAUUUUUUUUUAUGUGAAACAAACAAGAAAUAAGACAAAAAAACAGAACUUGAGCGUGCAUAACUAGUCAAAUGGCACGUUGUGUUUGCUAAUCUAAGUUUAUCGUUUUAAAAGGCUAAUUGAUCAUUAGAAAACCCUUUUGCAAUUAUGUUAGCACAGCUGAAAACUGUUGUGCUGAUUUUAAAGAAGCAAUAAAACUGGCCUUCUUGAGACUAGUUGAGUAUCUGGAGCAUCAGCAAUUGUGGGUUCGAUUACAGGCUCAAAAUGGCCAGAAACAAAUAACUUUCUUCUGAAACUCGUCAGUCUAUUCUUCUUCUGAGAAAUGAAUGCUAUUCCAUGCGAGAAAUUGCCAAGAAACUGAAGAUCUCGUACAACACUGUGUACUAUUCCAUUCACUGUGUACUAUUCCAUUCACUGUGUACUAUUCAGCACCACUUUUCCAUUAUUUAUUUUUUGAAACAAGUUAUUUUUUUCAUUUCACUUCACCAAUUUCGACUAUUUUGUGUAUGUCCAUUACAUGAAAUCCAAAUAAAAAUCCAUUUAAAUUACAGGUUGUAAUGCAACAAAAUAGGAAAAAUGCUAAGGGGGAUGAAUACUUUUGCAAGGCACCGUAUACACCCACCCACAUACAGUUGAAAUAAAAGAUAGCGCUUCAGACCCUAAUGAAUCCCUCCCACCUCUUUGUAUCACUGAUUGCAGGAGGUCGUGUGUGGCUCUUCAUUGGCUUCAUGCUGGCGUUCGGCUCUCUCAUUGCUUCCAUGUGGAUCCUGUUUGGAGGCUUCGUAGUGCCCAGUAAGUCCAGCAUGCCCACUCAGCAUGUGCUUAUUGUUAUGUACCCCAAACAAAUAGCUCAUCGACAUUGAGCAGUCAUUGUGCAAAACAUAAAUAAUUAUAAAGGUAUUUUUUUAUGUUUACAGAGAAACCUGUUGUGUAUCCUGGUAUUGCUGUUUUCUUCCAAAAUGCAUUCAUUUUCUUUGGGUAAGUAUUCUUAAGUUUUCUUUGUUUGACCUUAAGUAAAUUGUAUUUUCUGUUAUCUAUAAUACCAUGUCUACGAUGAUUAUUUUCUCUAAAUUAACCCCCACUCUUUUCCUCCAGGGGCUUGGUGUUUAAGUUUGGACGCACUGAAGACUUGUGGCAGUAA